UAUAUGGAACUAAUGAUUUUGACAUAACAACUCUGGCUGCUCUCAAAAUGGGGAAGUGGAAAUUACUGACUGGACAAAACGACGGUGACAACAGAUGGUUUCAGCCACCGGAAAUAAACCCACCCGUGAAAUCGAUCAUUGAUACAGACUUCGACAGAAAACGUAUGGUUCGAUUAUAUAAUUUGGAUGAAGAUCCUACCGAAACUACAGAUUUGUCUUUGGAAAGAGAAGAUAUAGUGCUGGAGAUGCUUGCUAGGCUCACCAGAUACGCAAGUAGUACAGUGCCUGCUCAGUUGCAAACCGUACCUCGUGUUGACAGGAAAACCAUGACAGACUGUUUGGGACCAUGGAUUGAUAUUGUAGAACUGACACAAUUGUAGAACGUAGAUAUUAUGAAAGACUACAUAUGUAAUGCACUGUGAAUCUUGCAAGUAUCUUCUCAUUACAGCAGUUACAG